AUGCAUAUCAUACUUAGCUGGAAGUUGAACAAUUCCUUUUUCGCUCUGAAGGUUUUACUCCUGAGUUUUGUCUGUGUUGUGACUUCUUCACUAGUUCCUGUCUCUGAGCUUUUCCCGCCUGAACUGUACAAACACGGACAGCAAUAUAAUGGAAAGGAAGGAGACGCCGGGGCCAUUUACGGUAUCGUUGAGGAUCAGGGUUCCAAGCGGUUGAUCGAGUAUAUGACCAACAAGGGAGGAUUCCGAGCAGAAGUGAAAACAAACGAAACAGGGUCUACUCAUAUGAACACAGCCAGUGUAAAAACAUUAAUGAAUCCUAAAACAACAGACGUCAAGAGAACUGAAUUGGCGAUAAAGGAGGCAUCUUUGGCUCAGUUUGAAAAUUUCUACAAAGGCAUGACCGACGUGUACAAAGAGGCCCUUGCUUCUGCCAAGAAGGACUUCUUCAUGGAUGCCAUUCUUGCUAAUAAAAAGAAAGAAAAGAAAGCAAAUGUUGAUGAUCCAGAAACUAAACUAGAUCUUGUGGAGCUCUACAAAUUGGGCCUCAUCCUGCCGAAAAUUUUUGAAAUGUACACCACGAAGGAAGAUGUAAUGACCUAUCUAAAAUAUCUAUUAGAUGAACCGCUGUUUCUGUCUCUGUUUCAUGAGACGAAAAAUGCUCCAAAGAAAGGCACCUUGUUGGACAAAAUCAAAGCAUUGACGAAAUUAAAUGAUGACACUUUUCAAUUUGCACCAAUGGAAGUCAAGAAACAUUUUCCUAAUUUUGGAAAAUAAGACAAGUUGAAAGAUUUUGGCAUUUAUAAAGGAUUAAAAAGUGUUCCCUAUGAAAGAGUUCUCAUUUCUGAAUAAUGACAUUUG